GCAGAGAUCAUCAAUCCGACGAACAUCUUCGCAACCUCCAGGCCAGUCUGCUCUCACUAGCUAGUCACUCUCCCACUCGCGUAAGAUGGCAAGCACAACUCAGGACGUGAACAUGGACGGCAACCUCGCCGGCUGCGUACCGUUCGGCACGGGCACGACGACGCUCUCCGUGCACAUCGAGGAAGAGAUGGCCAUGCUUCCCGUCACUGUGGCCGUGGGUGGCAACAAGCCCAGCGGCCGGUACGUCCUCGUGGCUGGCCGCGCCGACGAGGAGGACGGCCUGCGCCUGCCGAUCCCGGUAGACACCCUGAAGCCUCGUCUCACUUACCGCGUGGCCGGGUGGAUCAGCCUGGGAGCAGCACGGGGCACCAGCCACCCCGUGCGCAUCGACCUUGGCGUGGAAGACAAUGGCAACGAGACCCUGGUGGAGUGCGGCGCGGUGUGCGCCAAGGAGGGCGGGUGGUCGGAGAUCAUGGGCGCCUUCCGGCUCAGGACGGAGCCGCGCAGCGCCGCGGUUUACGUCCACGGCGCCCCCGCCGGCGUCGACGUCAAGGUCAUGGAUCUCCGCGUCUACCCGGUGGACCACAAGGCGCGCUUCAGGCAGCUCAAGGACAAGACUGACAAGGCGCGCAAGAGGGACGUGAUUCUCAAGCUGGGCACGCCGGCGGGAGCGGGAGCGGGCGCGGCGGCGUCCGUGCGCGUGGUGCAGUUGGACAACGCCUUCCCCUUCGGGACAUGCAUCAACACGUCCGUCAUCCAGAAGCCGGCCUUCCUCGACUUCUUCACCAACCACUUGGACUGGGCCGUCUUCGAGAACGAGCUCAAGUGGUACCACACGGAGGUGCAGCAGGGCCAGCUCAACUACGCCGACGCCGACGCGCUGCUCGCGUUCUGCGACCGCCUGGGCAAGACCGUCCGCGGCCACUGCGUCUUCUGGUCCGUGGACGGCGACGUGCAGCAGUGGGUUAAGAACCUCAACAAGGACCAGCUCAGGUCCGCCAUGCAGAGCCGCCUCGAGGGCCUCGUCUCCCGCUACGCCGGCAGGUUCAAGCACUACGACGUCAACAACGAGAUGCUGCACGGCCGCUUCUUCCGGGACCGCCUCGGCGACGAGGACGUCCCGGCGUACAUGUUCAAGGAGGUGGCGCGGCUGGACCCGGAGCCCGCGCUCUUCGUCAACGACUACAACGUGGAGUGCGGCAACGACCCCAACGCGACGCCGGAGAAGUACGCCGAGCAGGUCGCAUGGCUGCAGAGCUGCGGCGCGGUAGUGCGCGGCAUCGGGCUGCAGGGCCACGUGCAAAACCCGGUCGGGGAGGUCAUCUGCGCCGCGCUCGACAGGCUCGCCAAGACGGGCGUGCCCAUCUGGUUCACCGAGCUCGACGUGCCGGAGUACGACGUGGGCCUCCGCGCCAAGGACCUGGAGGUGGUGCUCCGGGAGGCGUACGCGCACCCGGCGGUGGAGGGCAUCGUGUUCUGGGGCUUCAUGCAGGGAACAAUGUGGCGCCAGAACGCUUGGCUCGUCGACGCCGACGGCACCGUCAACGAGGCGGGGCAGAUGUUCCUGAAUCUGCAGAAGGAGUGGAAGACGGACGCGCGGGGGAACUUCGACGGCGACGGGAACUUCAAGUUCAGGGGCUUCUACGGCAGAUACGUCGUGGAGGUUACGACGGCGAAGGGGAAGCAGAUCCUCAAGACCUUCAGGGUGGAGAAAGGGGACAGCACACCUCUCGUCGUGGAUUUGGCCGACGCCUGACGGUGAAUCUAUCUAAGAAACUAUUUAUUUAUACCUAUCUAAUUACAUGCAACACGUCAAGUGAUAAUUGGUUGUAUAAUUUUCACAUUUCUAAGGUAACGGGUAUUGUAUUUUGUAAGAGAAGUCUAAGGUAUUUGUACUCCUAAAUCUGAUGAACAUGAUUGAAGCAAAA